UAUCUCACUUCAUCAUACUGUGUGUGUAUGACUAUAAUUCAUCGCAAACGUGAAACGAAACGAACGGAACGGAACGAAGUGAACUGUGUGCGUACUCAUCCAGGCUGACUAACUCCAAAAAUAGAGUAACAAAAAACAACGAUUUGAUUUCGCCGAAUAACGCGCGUUCAAAAAACUCAAUUUUGUGCAUAUCAUUCAACGACUAAACGACAAAACGGAAACUCAAAACGACCGAUCCAACUAAGAAAAUUGUUUUUUUGCGUGUAUAAUUUUACGUUUGAAGUGCUCAUCAAAAAAGGUUUCAUUCGCACACUUUUCAACCCGGGUCGAUUGCUGUUAUUGUUGGUGGUGGUGGUGGUGCUGCUGAUUCUGUUGCUGCUAUUGCCGGUCGCAUGUGAAGACGAACAACGGCGGAAAAACUCCAACGCAAGUGUGAUACACUGUAAAAGGAGGAGUUCAUUGAGCACAGUGCACCGUUCACAUCGAACCAACGACAGACAGAAAGCGAGAGAGAGCAAACGCGUACUAUAAAUAAAAAUGAUUGACACAAACAUUCGACCAUUGAAACUAUCGUGCUUGUUAAUGUUAAUGGUCAUACUGAUGGAAGCGGUGAUGGGGAUGAGUAUCGCGGCGGACGCAUAUACCGAACCAGAACCAAGCGAAACGUAUGGCCAAGCAACAAACUAUACAAAUGAAAAUGAAGACUAUGGCGUGACUUGGAUGUAUAUUCCCGAUGGUGAUGGCGUUCCACAAGUUGCAUAUCUAACUGAAGAAAGUGAAACAUCUCGGGGCCGUCGUAAAAAUGUCAAAGAUGCUGUACGUUUUGAGCUGUACACGCAGAUAUCGGGCCCAGCAAAAGUGAUGCAAAUGAACAGACGGAAUCGGCGAAGUGUCGACGAAUUUGCGGAAGCAUUCAACAAAGAUGUGCCAACAUACAUUGUGGCACAUGGUUGGAAAUCCAGCACAAGCAGCGAUACGGUGCAGAAUAUCAAGGAUAAUUAUUUAAAAACCAGAUACUGUAAUGUAAUUGCCGUCGAUUGGACUGAACUGGCAUCGAAUAAUUUUUAUUUUACUCCAGCUCGCCAAACUCGAGAGGUUGGCAAAUACAUAGCCGAAAUGAUCGACUUCUUGUGCACGGAAAAAGGUGCUGAUAUCAAUAAAUUUCAUCUAAUUGGGCAUAGCCUUGGAAGUCAUGCGGUUGGAUAUGCUGGAAUGUACACAAAGUCCGGGAAAAUACCACGAAUCACUGGAUUGGAUCCGGCAAAGCCCAUGUUUGAAAAUAUGUCAGACAAUGAUGGGUCGCUGGACAAAUCGGACGCUGAAUUCGUGGAUAUUAUUCAUUCGUGUGCCGGCGUUUUGGGUUACACAAAACCAUUGGGUCACGUUGAUUUUUAUCCAAAUGGGGGUCGAGCAUCUCAGCCAGGUUGCCGAGGAAUAUUCAAAGAGCUCUUAGAGGCAUGCAGUCAUGGUCGAUCCCAUCAGUAUUUUGCCGCUUCCAUUCUAAAAGAGAAUGUCUUCACUGGUUAUCCAUGCACAUCGUAUGAAUCGUACCGGACUGGCACAUGUAAAAAGGAGAAUGGCAUUCGAAUGGGUGAUCCGGUGCCAAAAACUGCUCGUGGCAUUUACUACUUGAAAACAUCCAGUUCGUCGCCCUAUGCACAGGGUCACAAAUAAAUUAGAUAUUUUUCUCUUAAUUAUAUCAUUAAUAACGACGCUCUUCUCUAUUUUCGGAUUUUUCGUUUUGACUUCCCCACACACACACACAUGCUCACAACAAAUAUGCUCGGCAUCAAAAUUUUAGAUCGGGGCGACAAGAACGUGUUCGUGUGUGCUUAUGUGCUUGUUUGUGUACGUAUGUCUGUAUGCAUAUAAAACCGACAAUUUCUCGUCUAUUAUUCGAGCUGUAGCGCAAAAUUAUAGAAACGAAAACACAAAACUGACACAACAAAACACAAUGCAACGAUUCUCUUGCCCACUUCAUUUCAUUCCGGCCCAAAACUUCCAUACAGCAGCUACAUUCUCAGUCAACCGAGAUGGAGAAGAGAAACGUUUCCUUUGAUUCAAUUAACUUUAUUUGCUACAUUGAAUUCGGCGCUUAAGAUAUUUAUUUAUUUCAUGCACUAAUUUAUUGUUAAGUAUUUAUCAUUAUCAUUACUGCAUACAAACUGAUGUACACUUCUUCCGAAGUUAUUAAAUAUUUAUUCGAAUGUGGUUUGAUCCUCAAACCAAGUAAAUGGCACGUAGUCGUGCGCGUUCGUACGUUCGUUUGUUCGCUUAUUUCCUCGGAAAACA